CUGUCCCGAGCUGUGCCGAGCCGUGCCGUGCCCGGUGCCGUGCCGUGCCCGGAGCCGUGCCGUGCCGUGGAGCGUCACCUCCUUCAGCACCAAGAACAGCUACAAGUGUGGCUGCGCGCCCGCCCCGCUGUGCCGAGCCGAGCCGAGCCGUGCCCUGCCGCGCUGAGCUGUUCCGUGCCGUGCCCGUCCCGCCAGAGCCGCGCGAGGGGAGGAGAAGUGAGGAAGGAGUCAGUGGAGCAGGCUCGGCUUGGCUGUUCGCGAAUGUUGAACAGCACGACUGAAACCGCUCUCCUGGAUACCUGUCCCGGGCUGAGCACUCGCAUAUUAAGCUGACGCUGCUGAGGGAAGCUGUCAGAGACGAGGCUGGUACAGAAAUUACCUCAUGCUACUCCCGAUCGCCACCGAGUAUAAUUCCAGGGACCUCCACAGUAACAUGGAUAUGCAACUCUUUUCGAUCAAGAAGUACCUCAGCUGUAGGGCAAAAUACAAGGACAUAAGCUACUGACCUCCUUUUAGCAUCAGGACCAGACAUACUACCCUGCUCCUCACCAUCAGUCAAGAGCAAUUGAAAAACCAUCUCAGAAAAGCUGGUCAACCCAUUCCAUCAGUGGACAUCUUUUGUAAAACACAUUUUAUGUACUUCUGCUGAGAUCUUUUUUUCUACCUACCUACUGCAUGGUUCUAUAUUACUUAUUGGGCACUGAUGGUAGCCUCCAGAAAGUGCAGCUUCAAAUGGUCAGCCUCAUCCUUUAGCAAGAAGAAAACGUGGAUACUGGAUAGCAACAACAUCUUCAGAGAAAAUGGUAUACGAAGGCAAACGAUUGGUUUCCUGCCAUUGUUUCUUCCUGUUAACAGCCAAAUUCUACUGGAUACUCACUCUGAUGCAAAGAACUCAUGGCCAGGAAUAUGCCCACUCCAUUCGACUGGAUGGGGACAUCAUCUUGGGAGGACUGUUCCCCGUUCAUGCAAAAGGGGAUAGAGGGGUGCCUUGUGGGGAGCUCAAGAAGGAGAAGGGGAUCCACAGGCUAGAGGCAAUGCUGUAUGCAGUAGAUCAGAUUAAUAAAGACCCUGAUCUUCUUGCCAAUAUCACCUUAGGUGUCCGUAUCCUUGAUACGUGUUCCAGGGACACUUAUGCAUUGGAGCAGUCCUUAACAUUUGUGCAAGCAUUGAUAGAAAAAGAUGGUUCAGAUGUGAAGUGUGCAAACGGAGACCCACCAAUUUUCACUAAGCCAGACAAGAUAUCAGGUGUGAUAGGUGCUGCAGCAAGUUCUGUGUCCAUUAUGGUCGCAAAUAUUUUAAGACUCUUUAAGAUACCUCAAAUCAGCUAUGCAUCUACAGCUCCAGAACUGAGCGACAACACCAGGUACGACUACUUCUCUCGAGUGGUCCCACCAGACUCCUACCAAGCACAGGCCAUGGUUGACAUUGUGACAGCCCUGGGGUGGAACUACGUCUCAACGCUGGCUUCCGAAGGCAACUAUGGGGAGAGUGGUGUGGAGGCGUUCACCCAGAUCUCCAGAGAAAUCGGAGGUGUUUGCAUUGCUCAGUCACUCAAAAUCCCUCGGGAACCAAGACCAGGAGAAUUUGAAAAGAUCAUUAAACGCUUGUUGGAAACUCCAAAUGCUCGAGCGGUGAUCAUGUUUGCAAACGAAGAUGAUAUUAGGAGAGUGCUGGAAGCAGCUAAAAAAGCUAAUCAGUCUGGACAUUUCCUCUGGAUUGGCUCAGACAGCUGGGGGUCAAAAAUUUCACCAGUCCAGCAGCAGGAGGAGAUUGCAGAAGGAGCAGUAACCAUUCUACCCAAAAGAACGUCCAUAGAUGGAUUUGAUAGAUAUUUUCGGAGCAGAACACUUGCUAACAAUCGAAGAAAUGUCUGGUUUGCAGAAUUUUGGGAGGAGAAUUUUGGAUGCAAGUUAGGAUCACAUGGAAAAAGAAAUAGCAAUAUCAAGAAAUGCACAGGCUUAGAAAGAAUUGCGAGGGACUCAGCCUACGAGCAAGAAGGAAAAGUUCAGUUUGUCAUUGAUGCAGUAUAUUCCAUGGCCUAUGCCCUGCACAACAUGCAUAAAGAUCUCUGUCCUGGAUACAUUGGUCUGUGCCCAAGGAUGAGCACAACUGAUGGUAAAGAACUACUUAGCUAUAUCCGAGCAGUAAAUUUUAAUGGGAGUGCUGGAACACCUGUUGUUUUCAAUGAAAAUGGAGAUGCUCCUGGACGCUAUGAUAUUUUUCAGUAUCAAAUCACCAACAAGAGUACAGAAUACAAAGUAAUUGGUCAGUGGAGUAAUCAACUUCAUCUAAAUGUAGAAGACAUGCAGUGGGCUAACAGAGAACACACUCACCCAACCUCUGUCUGCAGCCUGCCCUGUAAAGCCGGGGAAAGAAAGAAGACGGUGAAGGGAGUGCCCUGCUGCUGGCACUGUGAGCGCUGUGAGGGCUACCAUUACCAGGUGGAUGAAUUCAACUGUGAGCUCUGCCCCAUCAAUAAACGACCAAAUGCCAACCGUACCGACUGCCAGCUUAUCCCUAUCAUCAAACUGGAGUGGCACUCUCCUUGGGCCAUCGUGCCUGUCUUCAUAGCUAUCCUCGGGAUAAUUGCCACCACCUUUGUGAUCGUGACAUUUGUCCGCUACAACGACACGCCGAUCGUCAGGGCCUCUGGGCGGGAGCUCAGCUAUGUGCUCCUCACUGGCAUUUUUCUCUGUUACUCCAUCACUUUUUUAAUGAUUGCAGCUCCUGAUACGGUGGUCUGCUCAUUUCGAAGGAUCUUUUUAGGACUUGGCAUGUGUUUCAGCUAUGCUGCAUUGCUUACCAAAACAAACAGGAUUCACAGAAUAUUUGAACAAGGUAAAAAAUCUGUCACAGCUCCUAAAUUUAUUAGUCCAGCUUCGCAGCUGGUGAUCACUUUCAGCCUCAUAUCCUUGCAGCUUAUUGGAGUCUUCAUCUGGUUUGCUAUUGACCCACCACAUACCAUUGUAGACUAUGGAGAGCAGAGGACACUUGAGCCAGAAAAUGCCAGAGGAGUUCUCAAAUGUGACAUUUCAGAUCUUUCUCUCAUUUGUUCCCUUGGAUAUAGUAUCCUCUUGAUGGUCACAUGCACUGUUUAUGCAAUUAAAACAAGAGGGGUUCCAGAGACCUUCAAUGAAGCAAAACCCAUUGGAUUUACUAUGUACACAACCUGCAUAAUUUGGUUAGCUUUUAUUCCAAUCUUUUUUGGUACGGCCCAAUCAGCGGAGAAGAUGUACAUCCAGACAACAACACUUACUAUCUCCAUGAGUUUAAGUGCUUCUGUGUCUCUGGGCAUGCUCUACAUGCCCAAGGUUUAUAUUAUCAUUUUUCAUCCAGAGCAGAAUGUUCAAAAACGGAAGCGGAGCUUCAAGGCUGUAGUGACAGCUGCUACAAUGCAAAGCAAACUGUCACAAAAAGGAAAUGACAGACCAAACGGAGAAGUCAAGACUGAACUGUGUGAAAGUCUUGAAACCAACACCUCCUCUACCAAGACAACUUAUGUCAGUUACAGCAAUCAGGCAGACUGAGCAGGGAUGAAAUUCACUGGAAGAUCUGCAGGACUGGAUCUUGCAAACAUAGACUUUACCACCACCAGAAUUCAGUCUUGAAAAUAUCAGUAGACUACAUUCAAAUCGAUAGUCAGUCUCCUAAAGAACAAGGAUUAAACAAAAGCAAAAGGCAAAAAGAGACAGGGGAAGGAAAAAUCCAGUUUUAUAACAUAGAGACAGAGCGUCAAGCUUCUGAACUGUUCAUUCACAAAAGGAAGCAAAUCACAAAAGGAAAACAAAUGUUAGCUUGUGAAAAAAAUGCUGUUGAAAUAAAUCAUGUCUGAUGUUAUAUUUGUAAGUACUUUUUUGUGAUUGUGACAAUUUCCUUUCCUGUCCUACAUUGUUCAACUCGUAAAAGAAGAUGAGUUUAUUUCUUGUGACGGCUGACUGAAUUAAGUCCUGGGUUAUGCUAAAAUAAAUGCAAUGGUCAAUGCAUGCUAAUUUUUAUACAGAAUAAUUUAUUUCUAAUAAUAAAGGAAUGUUUUGCAAAUGUUGAGACUUGUUUUGUUGCAGUUUUAAGGAAAAAAAGUCCUUACACUGUUGUCUAUUGUUUGUUUAGAAUGUGCAGUAAAGGUGGGUGUACAAAUAAAAUAAUAAUCAUGGCAUCAGAAGAAUGCAGUGUAAACUCUAAGCAUGUGUGUAUGUAUGCAUGUAUGUGUGCACCUGUGUGUGUACAUACGUGCAUGCCUGCCUGCAUGCGUGUGUGUGUGUACUCUGCAGUGUGUGAAUUUAUUUGUUCAAAGCUUUGUGACUAUAUUUUCUAAUGGAAGGAUUUUUUUCCCUCUUCUCACCCUCAAAGUAAGUUCAUUUUAUAUGUUUGUAAAGUAAAGGAGUCCUGAUAGUAAUUAUUUUGUAUGGUUGUAUUAUAUUUUUGAGUCUCCACUAAUAAUUUUGAUCCUUUUCAUUUCUGGAGCUUACAGCUUGUAAGACUUUAUGACAGCUAGACUGGAUUAAGCUGAAAGUCUAUUCAGUCUAGCAUCCUGUCUCUGACAAGAGGAUGUAGCAGAUGCAUAUCUCAAUAAAGGUGACUUUGAAAUAGCAGAAGAGAAAUCAAUGGAGAAUUUGGAAAGCAGCAGCCUAGUGAAUAUAUGUACUUAUUGCCUUAUAAACACUUACAAGUCAAAGAAAUAAAUGCUAAUCUACAAGCUAAUCUUUUUCACAUCUAAUUCCCAUCAUUGUGUGAAGUUAGAAACAACUAUGCAAAGAGAAAGAGAAAAUCACAUUUAUAUCUAUUGUGUUAAUGAACCCCUCCAAAUAAUUAAAAAAAUACAGACAGGAACUGCCCCCUUCAUUACUACACUUGUGAUGGAUGUUCUGUAAGACUUUUUGCUCCGUACAGUGCUUACCAUUCAUCAAGUCAAUGGGUCUUCACAUGCAGCUGAUUAUUAAAUGUUAUGUCUCCUGACUUAGCCUGAUGGCUCCUUGUGAUUUUAUCCUCACAGCAGAUGUAUUUUUCUAACAUAUCUUAAGGGACCUGUGGCGGGUCCUAAAUUACAUCAAUAAAAGUUGAAGUCUCUGAAACUUAA